CUUGUCCGAAUGAUCAGUUGCUGAUCGGCAACUCUCGCGUGCAGACACGGCAGAAGUGAACCGCCGUUUGCGGUUCGGUUGUGUUUUCGCUGAACAGUGUUUUCUGCCAAAGCUUGGCAGCGAUGAAGAAGGAUCAGAUUUUCCACGAGAAGAGUUUGCUGGUGCAGUCGUUGAAGAUUGCCAGUAAUCUGGACCGGAAGAAGUCACUAUCUACGCCGAUAAUUCCUACGCAGAAUCAAAAUUAUCUGUGCGUUCCGCUACUUCAUAAUGGCCUAUAUACGCAAAAGGCGACGGAAGAGGAAAAGUGCAACGAAUACGAAGACAUUGUAGUCCAUUCGCAUAUCGAAAGGAAGCAGACGUAUCAAUCGAUCACGCGGAGCAUAUCGCAGACCACGCUGACGAUACCGGAGAACUACAGCUUCACCUCGGUGCAUAUUCAGGUGUACAAACGAAGAUGGGCGAUGUUGGCGCUUGGGAUGUUGAGCAUUGCGAUCUCCUACGUGCAGUGGAUCCAGUACAGUAUUGUUGCGAAUGUUGUGAUGAAGUAUUACGAUGUGACGUCGGUGUGGGUCGACUGGACGUCGAUGAUUUUCAUGGUGGUAUACAUAAUAUGCGUGUUUCCGGUUUCAUACAUUAUGGACGUUCGGAAUAUGCGGCAAACGGCAGUCAUUGGAUCGGUGGGAACUGCCAUCGGAGCAUGGAUCAAAGUAUUUUCCGUAAAUCCCAAUCAGUUUCAAAUGGUACUGCUGGGACAGACGGUGUCAGCCUUCUCGCAGGUAUUCUUGUUGAGUAUACCGUCUAGACUGGCAUCAACUUGGUUCUCACCUGACGAAGCGUCCUCAGUUUGCGCGUUCGGUGUUUUUGCUGCUCAACUAGGAAUAGCAAUAGGAUUCUUUUUCACUCCGAUCGUGAUCAGCAACAGUGACGAUAUUGAUGAAAUAGGAGUGAACCUGAAGAUCUUCCUGAUGGCUGUAGCGGGGAUAUCGACGAUGAUCGCCUGCAUGGUGAUCGCAGUGUUUAAAUCGGCUCCGCAGUUUGCGCCAAGUCACGUGCAGGCACUCCAAAGAACAAUGAAACCAAAAUUGGAAGACUACUGGCCUGCCGUGAGCAGAUUGAUGCAAAACGACAACUACUUGAUCUUGGUUAUCGCCUACGGAAUAAACUGCGGUAUAUUCAACUCGUUCUCGACGUUGUUGAAUCAGAUUGUGAUGAACUACUUCCCAGACGGCGAAACUGAUGCGGGUCGAAUCGGUUUGGCACUGAUUCUGCUGGGCUUGCUCGGAUCGAUGGUGUUCGGUUAUCUGCUGGAUAGCAUGCACAAGUACAAAGCGACUGCCGUGUGGGCUUGUCGCUUAUCGGCGCUUACGUUGGUGAUCUUCGCACUUGCUCUGGAGACUCGAUCCAAGAAACUCGUUUCUGUGGCGUCGGUAUUUCUAGGCUUCUUCAUGACAGGAUUUCAACCAAUCGGGUAUGAGUUUGCCGCCGAGUUGACUUUCCCCGAACCGGAUGGACCGGUUUCAGGUAUUAUGAACAUUUCCACGCAAGUGUUUGGCAUCGUGAUAACGCUGCUCAUAUCGGGGAUUCAGCAAAUUUUGGGAGACUUCAUCGGAAACAUGGUUUUCGCUGCCUUCCUGAUAAUCGACGCGAAUGUCAUUGCGCUCAUCCACUCGGAGCUGCGGCGGUACAACACCCACCGGGAGAUCGAGAACGAGGCUGCCAGAGAACACGCCGAGGAAGCCAUUGUACACUUUGACUCUAUCAGCACCGAGGACGCGCCUCUCACGCUUAGGAUAGACGACUGUAGCAGUUGAGGAGAGGGGAGAGCAGACGUGGUGUUCUGUUUGCUUGUAAUGAGGUGAUCAAGGCGGUACUAUGGGGGUCAGCUUAGAAGACGUGAUGGAAAGUGCAGAUAGAUAAAGACGUUUUCUUUUCUUCUGAUAUAAAAGAAGAUAAGACAAAGAGAAUGAGUCAUCGGUGUCCCGGAAUGAGAAAUAAUGCUAGCAAUAAUGGAGUAUGAAUGAGUUUGGAGUUUACGUGACCUACUGAUCGAGAAUCAAUGACGUCAGACAUCAUGUCGAUUGUGUUUGUAUGUGGUAUUUAUUAAUAUUUGAAGAUGAUAAAUAAAAAGUAGUCAUCAGUGUGAUUCUA